AUACAACGUACAUGAUGUACAUGUACACCAAAGAUCCUGUAGUAGGGCUAGCGCCGCCGUACUGUUGGAGAACGUCAGUAUUUUUUGUGGUGCAGUCGCGCACGCAGUAGCUGAAAUUAUCGAGUUCGUUUAUCGAGACAAAGUUCACAUUUAGCAAGACAAAAUGGCCCAGGCUGCAGCGGCAGGACAGAAGACGAAAGAGAAAGAGCCAAUUAACAUCGUCCAUCAAAAUGCCAUCCUGUGUGAGACGAUAAAAAAGGAGAACAAAACUCAGAAGUUGUACACGAACUACAGCAUCAACCCGUUCAAGAAAAUGUACACGUUAACGGGGAAGCCCAACUCACUACACGACUCAGCUGACGGUGAAGAAGAUGAUCAUUUUCUCCGAAUCAUCAAGCGAUCUUACCAGGAGCCAGUGAAGAAGUUUGAAUUCCCACAGACCGAAGCCCAAGAAGUUGGCUGGUACUACACCCCACUGCUACCUCAGGACCGAGAGGACCGCAGACUACACUUCCCACGACAGAAUUCCGAGAUCACCAAAUACAUGGAUGCAGCGUGGAGACAGAAGGAACAACAGGAAAACUUGCAAUAACCCUUCCCCGGUCCCCAUACCUUCUCAUAUUUCAAAAUAAGAGAGCUGUUUCUCAAACUCUAUAUCUUAUUGGCUACAGUGUGUGGCUACAGUUUAUAAUUUCAUGUACACUGCGCAUGUGUUGCCCUUUUCAAAUGUGUCACUAUCUAAAGGACACAGUACAGUGAAAUCUCGAUAGGUCAAAACUCUGGGGAAUUGACUCAAAUUUUGGGUUAAGCAGAGUUUUGAGAUAUCCUAUGGAUUUUCUAUUCAACAAUUGACGGGAAUGAGUUUUUGCAUUGAGCUAGAAGGGUUUUUGAGUUAACAGGUUUUGACUUAUGGAAAUUUCACUGUACAUGUGUAUUUAGAUUUUUGGAGUGUCGACAUGCAAAGAGAAUGUGGCAUCGUUCUUCAGCUUGUGCAUGUGCACAGUUGCUAUGCGAGCGCGCAUUCAGUGCUCGCAUGAUCAAAAGGGUUUACAAAUAAGUGUUCACCUAAAAUAAAGAAUGCAUGGGACAUGCCUUUAAGAUGUAACAGAUCUUCACUGAUUUCCAGAUUAGUCAAUUGUCAUGUGAUGUACAUGUACAUUGUACAUACAUAUGCGUGAGGGUACAAAGAUGUCUGGUUUCACAUUAUUGGUGCAUUACACAUGUAUAAGCAGAGUUGCUCCACUAGUUUAUCUUUGAUUCCAAUGUAAAGCCAUCUUUUUUUGGCAAUUUUUAAUGAAUACAAGUUCUGGCUUGUCUGUAUGGAUAGCAUUUUCAUGUCAGUAUCUUGGAUUUAGAGCAGAGCAUGUAUACAGUUUUUAAAAUAUUUGUGUAUUUGUAAAGAUUUUGUAAAUAAAAAGGAGUAAAUUGGUUCAAA